ACUUUUAACCUUCUUUUCUUUGAGAAAUACGUACCUCUCUCUGUCUUUAUCUAAUCUACUUUCCUGUGUCCAAGUAAACAACAAUUACUCAGUUCAUACAUAUACAUGAAUAGAGCGUCUUCACAGAGAAUUUGGACUUUCAGAAUUUAGAGAGACAAGCUCUGUUAGAGUGUCUUGAUACCAAACCCGAAAUGGGUUUCUCUGAUUCCUUUCUCACCUCUGUUUUUCUUAUUUUUCUCUUCUGUCUACAAACUGUUUGUGGAAAUACAGAGCUCAGAGCUCUGAUGGAGAUAAAGUCAUCUCUGGACCCAGAAAACAAGUACCUCUCCUCAUGGACCAGCGACGGUGACCCGUGUAGUGGCUCAUUCGACGGCGUUGCUUGCAACGAGCACCGUAAAGUGGCUAACAUUUCGUUAGUACAAAAGAAACUUUCCGGCAAGAUUUCACCGGCGUUGGCCGGACUGAAGUGCUUGUCAGGUCUUUACUUGAAUUACAACUCUCUGUAUGGAGAAAUACCCAAAGAAAUAUCAAAUCUCACUGAAUUGUCUGACCUCUAUCUUGAUGUGAAUAACCUCUCUGGAACAAUACCUCCUGAGAUUGGAAAAAUGGCUAGUCUUCAAGCUCUUGUGCUAUCUUGUAACCAGUUGACAGGAAACAUACCUACAAAUAUGGGUUCCUUAAAGAAGCUAAGAGUUCUCUAUUUGGAAAAUAAUAGCUUAAAUGGUCCUAUACCUGCAAGCUUAGCUAAUAUUCCACAACUGGAAGUUCUAGAUGUUCAAAACAAUUCCCUCUCUGGAGUUGUCCCUCCUGCUUUGAAGAGAUUGAAUGGAGGAUUCCGGAGUAAAAAUAAUCCAGGCUUAUGUGGUUUUGGGUUUUCUUCCUUGAGAGAUUGCACUGGUUUGGAUGGUGCAAACACCAACAAUGUUGAAACACCUGUGCCAAACAAUACUGCUCCUAUCCCCGAGUCUGCCGAUGUCCACAAACAUUGCAACCAAAGCCAUUGUUCAAAUUCAAAAAGGCUCACACAAGUCGCCAUUGUUGCAGGGGUUAUAAUACUCACUAUCACAUUAAUGGUUGUUGGGUUCCUAGUUUUUAUUUGGUACCGAAGGGGGAAACAGAAGAUUGGAAGCACUUUAGAUGCUUCUGAAGGUGGGCUAAGCACUGAUCAAACCAAGGAAAUCUACAGGAGAAGUCCCUCACCAUUGGUGAGUCUUGAUUACUGUGAUGGAUGCAGUCCAUUAGCUGAGGGCCGAAAUGGUAAUGCAGUCUCUCAGGAGUUUCUGCAGGGCUUUAAGUUCAAUUUGGAAGAUGUUGAGUCAGCAACUCAGUACUUCUCAGGUGUGAAUUUGUUGGGGAAGAAGAGUAAUUUCUCUGCUGUGUACAAAGGGAUUCUGAAAGAUGGUUCUAUUGUAGCCAUUAGGAGCAUUACUAAAACCUGCUGCAAGUCCGACGAAAUGGAAUUCAUGAAAGGGUUGAAAUUACUGACGUCUCUAAAACAUGAAAACCUUGUUAGGCUGAGAGGAUUUUGUUGUUCGAAAGCCAGGGGAGAGUGUUUUUUGAUCUAUGAUUUUGCUCCUAAAGGAAACUUGUCACAGUACCUUGAUGUGGAAGGUGGAAGCAGUCAUGUCCUUGACUGGAGCACAAGGGUUUCUAUUAUUAGUGGCAUUGCAAGAGGUAUUGGUUAUUUACACAGCAGUGAACCAAGCAAACCUGGACUAGUUCACCGAAACAUAUCUGUGGAGAAAGUCCUUAUCGACCAGCGAUUUAACCCAUUAAUUUUGGAUUCUGGUCUCCUCCAUCUCCUUGCUGACGAUGUUGUCUUCUCAGCCCUCAAGGUCAGCGCUGCGUUGGGAUAUAUGGCUCCUGAAUACAUUACCACUGGGCGUUUUACAGUAAAGAGUGAUGUAUAUGCAUUUGGAGUAAUCAUCCUCCAGAUCCUCUCCGGUGAGCGAAAACUCACUUGCUCAAUGCGACUAGCUGCUGAAUCUUGCAGAUUCGAAGACUUUAUCGACUCAAAUCUCCAGGGAAAAUUCUCCGAAUUCGAGGCAUCUAAGCUGGUAGAAAUUGCGCUGCUUUGCACCCAUGAGCUUCCAGAUAACAGGCCAACAAUGGAUGUAGUGAUUGAAGAACUGCGCAAAUGUGGUCCUACUUCAUGAAGGCCCUGCAUCUAUUUUUCCGACUUGAGAACUGCCAAAGAUGGUGAACCAGGAAAUAACAACCCCCCUUCCUCUCCAAACCCAAAUUGCCUUGUAUAUGCUGUGUCCUUUUGCAGAGGACCGAGGACAGCCUACUCGGAGUGUACAGAUGUGUUGGUUUUCAUGGAAAAGGGUUGUAACUGUUA